GCGGGCCGGCAAGCGAGGCUGGGGGGCCCCGGAGAGCGAGCCGCAGGGCGGAGGGCGGGGGCGCUAGCGCUCCGGGCGGCGGGCGGCGGCCAGGACGCGACGGCGGCGGCCAAGGCGCGGCGGCCGAGAAGAUGGCGGACGGCGACAGCGGCAGCGAGCGCGGCGGCGGCGGGCUCGGCGGCUUCCAGCCCGCGUCCCGUGGCGGCGGCGAGCAGGAGACGCAGGAGUUGGCCUCGAAGCGGCUGGACAUCCAGAACAAGCGCUUUUACCUGGACGUGAAGCAGAACGCCAAGGGCCGCUUCCUCAAGAUCGCCGAGGUGGGCGCCGGCGGCUCCAAGAGCCGCCUCACGCUGUCCAUGGCGGUGGCCGCCGAGUUCCGCGACUACCUGGGCGACUUCAUUGAGCACUACGCGCAGCUGGGCCCCAGCAGCCCGGAGCAGGUGGCGGCGGCGGCAGGUGCUGAGGAGGGCGGUGGGCCGCGGCGCGCGCUCAAGAGCGAGUUCCUGGUGCGCGAGAACCGCAAGUACUACCUGGACCUUAAGGAGAACCAGCGCGGCCGCUUCCUGCGUAUCCGCCAGACAGUCAACCGCGGCGGCGGCCCCGGGCCCGGCGGCCUGCAGAGCGGCCAGACCAUCGCCCUGCCCGCCCAGGGCCUCAUCGAGUUCCGCGACGCGCUGGCCAAGCUCAUCGACGACUACGGCGGCGAGGACGACGAGCUGGCGGGGGGGCCCGGCGGCGGGGGGCCCGGCGGCGGCCUGUACGGGGAGCUCCCGGAAGGCACCUCCAUCACGGUGGACUCGAAGCGCUUUUUCUUCGACGUGGGCUGCAACAAGUACGGGGUGUUCCUGCGCGUGAGCGAGGUGAAGCCGUCCUACCGCAACGCCAUCACCGUCCCCUUCAAGGCCUGGGGCAAGUUCGGGGGCGCCUUUUGCCGGUAUGCGGAUGAGAUGAAGGAGAUCCAGGAGCGGCAGAGGGAUAAACUUUAUGAGCGACGCGGCGGCGACGAGUCCGAGGGCGAGGAGGUGGAUGAGGAUUGAAACUCACAGUUUCUCCUGUGGGCCUUCCCACCCCACCAUCGUCCACUUGGCUAGAGAGCUCCCCUUCCUGCUCAUCCACAGUGAGUUAAUGGAGUGGGAGCAAGGGAGGCCCAGAGGGAGAAAACGAAAUUUAAAAUUAUAUAGUUAAUUAAGACAAAUAACCAUAAGAGAACAGUCACGGACAAUUAGAGAAAAGCAGUAAAGUUCCAAGGAACUGACAGCAACCUGCAAAGAGAGGACAACAGCUUCUCCUCACCUGAGCAAAAUAGUCUCAGCUUCUGGUGUUUCCCAACUGAGGUUCCUAAACUCCUCAGGAUAACCCUGGAAGGGAUAGCCCCUCGCACAUCGUGUGCCCAGGAACACUUGAGUUACCUGGACCCCGUUGAUAACAGCUGAAUUUGUUCUACCUGGGUAACCUGGACUAAAGAUCUCUCCAGACCUUGCUGUUGCAGUGUCUGCCCCUUCACUUCCAUUGAAAUCAGCAUUUUGGAUCCAAGUCUUCAUAGGAAUCUUGAGAAGAGAGAGGCCUUUGCAGUUACCCAGUUCUGAGGGUAUAGGUUUCAUGAAAAGGAAUGCAACUCUAAAUAAUCAUAGAGCUAAAUAAGAAUUUAAGAAGCCACCGGGGAAUACAGAAACAAAUUGGAUCCAUUUUGUUUAAAAUGGUUUUGCAUGGAACCUGGACCAAGGCCUGUGUCUUUUCUUUGCAGAAUUGUUUUCUGGGACGCAAAUGGAUUCAGAUGUCACUCCUUGAAUUAGAAUCCGUUACUGAAAUAUUUUAAAAGUUGGCAAAAAUUUUUCAAAGAUAAAAGAGCAUUUUUACAUUGGGGGUUGCUGAGGUAGGCACAAGAAGAAAUCAGGCAUAAAGCACAAGGAAAACUGUUUGAGUGGAUUGGUUGCUGCUCACUAAAGUUCUUCCCCUGAUCUCCAAAUAUGGAGGUCAUUACCAAGAAAUGGCUUCGGUAUGAAUGAGAGCCAGAUCCCUGUGGCUCCACCGUGUGAGCCAGUGAAUUAUGGCUAAUUUGGCUGUUUCAGCCACUGGAUGGCUGGAUUUUAAACCGUAAAACUUGAAGAUGACUACAAAAGGAACAGUGUGGCUACAAGCCUGAGCUUUAAUGGAAUGUACGUCCUCACAGAAGUUGGAAAUAACCAAAACUGAAGUCAUCUACCUUCAGUUUAAUCUGUGGAUUUGUUCAAAUACUAAAGAUCCUCAGGUCCAGAAUUCCAGCAUCAUUUAUUCUUUUAAAAUAAAUUUUUAAGAACUUGAUCCAUUGUUUCAGUACCUCACAAUCAGAGUUGGCAAAUGAUGGAUGAGUGAUUCAUGCAGCAUGACCUUUGGAAGCUGAAAUCCAUCUGAAUAGAGCUGAAGUGAAAGUGAAUAUGCUGACUAUAUCCUGGAAGCAUUUUUAUACCAUCUUGAAAUUUCAACAAACUGGCUUUUGCCAGUUUAUCCAGCUGUCUUACAAGAAUAAAAGUUGGGGUUUUCAAGGAUCGCCUCUUCUAUAUUUUAAAUGGAUUUUCUGUAAAAAUGAUUUUACUAAUCAAGUCAAUCCCGCCCCAUCAAAAGGUAUUCCUAGAAAUGUCAUAGAUCUAGGUAACUUUGAAUUGAAUGGGAGCUAAUGUUCUUUCCAAAGUUUUCAAGUAUUCUUUGUGCGACACCUUCUCAACCAGGAGGCAAGUAACCCCACCUCCACCAUCUUAGUAUUUUUUUUUAACUGCAUGCCUGCCCUUUAUUUGAGCUGCCUUUUAAUUUAUUGCAUACCCUUUUUAUUAUCUUAUUUUGGUAUUAUUCAACCUCUACAGUCUUUUUGUAUUUAUUGGGAAUAAAUAAUAUACAUAAAGGUCAUUUUCAUGCAUUGUGGCUGAGAGAGAGGGAAAUAUUGUGUAUAUAAAAUUAGGCUUUUUUAAAAAUUAGAUUAUGAUUCAGAAUAUUGUUGAUCUUAGAUUUUUAAAAAAAAGUGGAAGAGCCACAGACAUUGGUGCCCUUUUCAGACUAUUUCUCUACUCUCAUCAUCCACAGUAGACUUUUUAAACAUUUUUUUUAGAGCUUUUCUUUUUUUUAAAAUUUUUCUCCGUUGCAAAGAAUGUUUCCUAAAUUGUAUGGGAGCAAUAGUAUUUUUGAUGUUUUAAUGACAUCUGUAUACUUGUACUGUAUUUUGUACUACAAGGCAGCUGUUUUCAAUAAUGUCCUGCUGUAUUUA